AUCCCUCCAUCUAAAAUACCCUCAUUUCAGACACCCUUCUGCUUACUUAAUCAUCAUUUUCCUUGUUUAAUUUCUGCUCUAGAGUUUAUUCACAAAAAUAUGGGUCAUGACAGCCAUGGGAUUGAGAACAAGAAAUCAGUUGCUAUAGUUGGCCUGAAGAUCUUAAUUAAUCAGAAGCUUUUUCAGGGCAAGGCAAAUCCUAAUAAUGUUUCAAGAUUCACUAGAGUCAAACCCAUCUUCCACACAGAUCAUACUGAAUCUAGCAGCAGUGAACAAAAUUGUUGCUUCCUCAAAUAUUGUUUCCUUUGCAACAAGACUCUGAGGCUUGACAAACAAGUUUACAUGUACAAGGGUGAUUUGGGCUUCUGCAGUUUGGAGUGUAGGAACAGGCAGAUUUAUUUGGAUGAAAUUAAAGAAAUUGAGAAUUGUACUAAGAAAAUGUUACGAUCUUUUCGCAGCCGUGGAGACGGUGGCCGGUGCAGUGAGACUUCGGCUCUAUUGGAGGAAUACAAGCAACGGCGCAACCCCUUGUCAAAUUCCAAGAAUCGGCCUAUAUUCACAUUCUCAUAGUCGAAAUCGGGUUCGCCUAUUGAGUGACCAAUCGAGGGUGAAACAUGGCAGGUUAAAGCUCGAGCUCGAGUUAUAUCGAACUAAGGCGUGAAAUUAGAUCAUCGAGCUCGUGACCCCGGGACCAAACAAGAUCGAGGGAAAUUUGCCGAGUCAAAUAACGGAAGGCCGAAAUAUCCACGAUUGGUUGGAAAACACGGCAGAAAUCUCUGCACGUAUCAAGGAGAGGCCGAUUAAUUAGUAAAUCAUGAGAUUAUGAGAUUUUUUUUACCUUGUAUAGAAUAAUUAUAUCUAGAGUAGAACACCCCUACUAUAUAAAGGGGGGUUUGAUCAUCUGUAAAACACAUUAUAAUACACGCCAAAAAGCAAUACCCUGUUAUUUCUAGUUCUCA